GCAUCAGCCACUGGGCUAUGUUUGAAUAAACCUUCUAUUCAAGAAAAUGGUUCUCCAAACCGAGCGCUGCCCUGAUGCUUCCUUCCAACAACAGCCUGUUGCAACAUACCAACAACAAAGCUACUGGUCGAACCAGGAGAGCGGUGGCAGAAUCCAGGACGGCGGUUACAGCAACUUUUCGACCAUUAAUGGGCACAUGACUCCAUACUCCAACUAUUCUCAAGUGUCGACUUACUCAUCAGGAAAUCCUCAGAACCACCAAUCUGGUUGGUCCGCUGGUGCUGGCUACCAUGGAAAUGGAGCCAGCUACUACCCUGGCGGUGGACAAUAUGGAAGUUCUUUCCAUGGGAGUUCACACAGCCAUGGAAGCUCAUUCAGCCAUGAGCAUAACAGUUAUGGGAAUGGUGUAAACUACAAUCAAAGUCCCUGUGGCAUGAACUAUGGUUACCAAAAGGCAUCUUGGACGCUGAAGAACGUUGAUGCUGAAUGAACAGAUUAAGAAACAAUCAUAUGACUGAAAGUGUGAACUUUGUAGCUUGGUGGUAGCUCCAAGUUACCUCUUAAUAAUGUUUGUACCUUCUUCUUUACUACAUAUGUAUCAAAAUGCAUAAGCAAUGAAUAAUAAAUGUCAACGACUGCUUCAUCUAUC